AUGAGUGUUGUACUAAAAAGUACCGAUUCUCCUAUUCCAUCUGUCGAAAAUGGUGAUCUAUUUCUUUGUUAUUCAUUCGCAUCAGCAAUUAAUUCAACUAAUCUCAAAGCAGUGUUCGAUAAACAGCCUGCAAAUGAAGAAACGACACAAGAAGAUCAAAAUUCAUUAAUACCGUCCACUAGUGAUUCUCAACAAGUAUUGACUGAUGAACCACCAUCUAUAUCAGCAGAAGAAAAUGAAAAAGAUAAAUGGAAUGUGGGUGAUCAAUGUUUAUGUCCGUAUUCAUCCGAUGGUCUCUACUAUCGUGGUACAAUAAAAGAUCUAUCGGACACGUGUCUCGUUUAUUUUGAUGAUUAUGGAAAUGAAGAACUCCAUGAUGUGAAUGAAUUAGUUUCAUUUGAAGAUCUAAAUCAACUAUCUCCUUUGAGUAUAUCAUCUUCGAUAUUUCAACAACCAUCAAUAGCUAUUCCACCACCAUUGAUGACUAUACCAUCACACGAUAAUAAUGACAGUGAUCAUUUAUCAUCAACAUUAAUGUCAUGGUAUUUGGCCGGUUAUCAUACAGGAUAUUAUGUGGGAUUAAAAGCUGUCACAAAAAAAUAA